AUGAAAUUAUCGGACCUUAUCAUUCUCCUCGAUCCCCAAAAAAAUAAGGAUGUACUAUACACUGAAGAAUGUUUUCCAGAUCUCGUUCGUAUUAAUGAAAAAUGGCACGUUGAACAGGAAAAAAUUAAACGAGAACUGUUGCAUUUGAAAGAUGAGCAUAACAUCAGUGAUAAAGGCCUCGAUGCCAUUGACAAAUUUAUAAAAAAACAUCAAAAGUUUUUUUCAAUUCAUUAUCUUCGUAAAAAGAGGAAGGAGACUAAUCAAAAGUUUCCGAUUGUUAGUAUCGUAGACGGGGCUUAUAUUCAAUUUGAAUAUGCUAUAAAAACUGCUUUAUUCAUAGCACAGCGGAAAAAUCGAAAUCUUCAUCAACUACCCCAGAUAACCUUUCGACUGAAUAUGGAUGGAACCCUUAUUGGUAACAAACACAUUGUAGCUAUAUCUGUUAAUUGUGUUGAAGGUGGUCGAGAUUGUCAAUCACCAAAAAAUUUAGUUCCCGUUGGUCUGUUUGAGUUUCCAAAAGAGUCAUGUGAAUUAUAUCGAAAGAUCCUUCCUAAGUCGUUCCUAGAUAGUUUAAGUAACGUUAAAUAUGUCCGUUUGAAUAAGAAAGAUAUUCCUAUCAAGCUAAAACUCGGAGGUGAUUUCAUGAAUGCUGUUUAUGUGUUUGGGUUAGCGGGUGUUCAGUCAAAUUUUCCUUGUAUAUUUUGUACUCAACAUAAAAGUAAAUUAGAACAACCCGAUACCACUUCAUACUUUGAUGUUCAAAAGGGUGCACGAACGUUAGAAGAACAGAAACUGUGCUUAAAAAAAACAGAAAAGAACAGUAAAGGUUACAAAUGUGAACCCUUAUUUGGAGACUUGUUUGAGUUUAGUGAUUACAUAAUGGACACCUUGCACAUGAAACUAAGAGUGUAUGAUGUUUUUAUGACCGACAUAUUACAUUACACCUCUAAACGAGAAAGAUAUGGCAAAGAACAUGAUCUAGCAAUGGAAAGAAAAGUUGAUAUUUUAAACGAACAUGCAAAGAAACGGAUUGGUAAAAGAGUUUUCUUCGCAUAUGACAGUAAAGAGCAACUAGGAACAGAUUAUGAUUUUAUUACUUCCGGAAGCAAUGACUCAAGUUCAGAUGGUCAGGAAGAAGACGAAAAUGAAAAUGAUGAAUCAUGGUUUAAUUUAAGCGGCAGAAAAAUAGUGACCGCUGCCCGUUUUUCUUCUUUUAAAAGAAUCAAAAAAUCAUAA